AUGAUCAGGGGAAGAUUCAGAUUCUCUGUAUCUGGCAGCAUUUAUGAUCAUAAGAUUUCCUCUGCCUUUGUAGAGAAUGGCAGUCAGCUUCACAUCCACAGGAAUCAUUCAGGAACUAGUGAACCGUAUACAUCUUCUGACCAAACACUCAAAUCCUACAAUGCGUUACCCGGGGAAUGGAGGAGCAACUGGGUCAGUGUCUACACAUUCUGGAAAAAUGGUGGUAUCAAAAAUAUGCACAAUCUCAUGUUAAGUAACUUCAAUAAGUAUGGUCCGAUUUACAGGGAAAAGAUUGGUUACAACAAUACUGUAAACAUUAUUAACCCAGAGGAUGCUGCAAUUUUGUUUAAAUCUGAAGGCCUGUUUCCAGAGAGGAUGAAGAUGAAGCCAUGGAUGGCUUACAGAGACCAUAGAAAAGAAAAAUAUGGUGUCCUAUUGAAAAGUGGGGAAGAAUGGAGAAGAGAUCGAUUAGUUUUGAAUAAAGUACUGAUGUCACCCCAAAUUACCCAAAAGUUUGUGCCACUUCUCAAUGAAGUGGUGUUGGAUUUUGUGUCCACAAUUCACAAACAGAUUGCGAACAGUGGGAGAGAAACGUGGACAGCCGAUCUCUCAAAUGAUCUCUUCAAAUUCGCACUUGAAUCUGUUUGCCAUAUAUUGUUUGGAGAACGUCUGGGCUUGCUGCAAUGUCUCCAUAAUCCUGCCUCACAAAAGUUCAUCGAUUCAGUUACGUUGAUGUUCAAAUCCACAACUCCAAUGCUUUAUAUUCCACCUGGGCUUCUGAAGUCAAUUAAAUCGAAGAUCUGGCAAGAUCACGUUGCUGCUUGGGAUACCAUUUUUGCACAUGCUGAUACCUGUAUACAAAGAACAUACAAGCAGUUCCACCUGGGAUCCAAAAAUGACAAAGAAUAUUCUGGAGUUCUAGCAGAUCUACUGCUGCAAGACAUGCUGCCCCUAGAUGACAUCAAAGCAAGCAUUACAGAGCUUAUGGCAGGUGGAGUUGACACAACUUCCAUGACUCUCUUAUGGACUAUGUAUGAGCUUGCCAAAUACCCCAACGUGCAGGAAAAUUUGCGCAGUGAAAUUAUAGAAGCCAAUCAGAAAACACAAGGAGAUCUAUUACAAAUGUUAAAAUCAGUGCCAUUACUCAAAGCUGCACUGAAGGAAACAUUGAGACUUCAUCCAGUAGCUGUAUCAUUACAGCGCUACACAAAUGAAGAUAUCAUAUUGCAAAAUUACCACAUACCUGUUGGGACCUUAGUGCAGGUGGGAUUGUAUGCAAUGGGAAGAAGCUCAGAGAUAUUUCACAAGCCAGAAAGGUACAACCCAGAAAGGUGGCUGAGCCAGGAACGUACCUACUUCAGAAACCUUGGCUUUGGAUUUGGAUCCCGGCAGUGCAUUGGGCGUAGAAUUGCAGAGACAGAAAUGCUGCUGUUUCUAAUUCACAUGCUGCAGAACUUCAAAAUUGAAACAAGUCGGUUGGUUGAAGUGAGGACAACCUUUGACCUUAUCUUAAUUCCGGAGAGCCCCAUCAUGUUAAAUUUAAAGCCUGUUAAGUGA